AUGAAACACUACGUCAACACUGAUCGAUAUUCGCUAUUUAUACUAGAUUCUGAGCACGAAAAAUUACGCGCUGCGAUCGCGUCACGUUAUGGCCUUUCAGCCAUUUUUAUCGAAUUCCCCAAAUAUCUCAUGGAUAUCAAUGUAAUUCAUAUUGGUAUAUGUCAUAUUGGUAUAUAUCAUAUUGGUAUAUGUCAUAUUGGUAUAUAUCACAUUGGUAUAUGUCAUAUUGGUAUAUAUCAUAUUGGUAUAUAUCAUAUUGGUAUAUAUCAUAUUGGUAUAUAUCAUAUGUCGUUUAGUAUUCAUCCACACCAUUCAAUAGCGUCCGGUCACUGA